AAGUAUCAAUGACUUCAACUGUAACUUUUCAGUAUUCAAUUGAAAAGUACCAAUUAUAACACAUCUAAUAAAUUUUAUUUUUGUGAAUUAUUUAAUUAUUAAAAAGAAGUAAGAAAACAGAAAAUGCGUGAGUGCAUUUCAAUACAUGUUGGACAAGCUGGAGUUCAAAUCGGUAACUCGUGUUGGGAACUGUACUGUUUGGAACAUGGAAUUCAACCUGAUGGUAAAAUGCCUUCCGACAAAAGUAUUGGAAAAGAUGACAGUUUCAACACAUUCUUCAGUGAAACAGGCUCAGGAGGGCAUGUACCUCGAGCGGUUUUCGUUGAUCUAGAACCAACAGUAGUCGAUGAGGUCCGUACAGGCACAUAUCGUCAAUUAUUCCAUCCUGAACAACUUAUUACUGGCAAAGAAGACGCUGCAAAUAAUUACGCUCGUGGUCACUACACAAUUGGAAAAGAAAUCGUUGACAUAGUUUUGGAUCGUAUUCGUAAACUUUCCGAUCAAUGUUCUGGACUACAAGGUUUCUUAAUAUUCCAUUCAUUUGGCGGAGGUACUGGAUCAGGAUUUACCUCUUUAUUAAUGGAACGUUUAUCAGUAGAUUAUGGUAAAAAAUCUAAAUUAGAAUUUGCUAUUUAUCCUGCGCCACAAGUAUCAACAGCCGUCGUCGAACCAUACAAUUCAAUUUUAACGACCCACACGACUUUGGAACAUUCUGAUUGUGCGUUUAUGGUUGACAACGAAGCUAUUUACGAUAUCUGCCGUAGGAAUUUGGAUAUUGAACGUCCAACAUACACCAAUUUAAAUCGACUUAUUGGGCAAAUUGUAUCUUCCAUAACUGCAUCUUUACGUUUUGAUGGUGCUUUAAAUGUUGACUUGACUGAGUUUCAAACAAAUUUGGUGCCAUAUCCACGGAUUCAUUUCCCACUGGUGACAUACGCCCCAGUGAUUUCAGUUGAAAAAGCGUACCAUGAACAAUUAUCUGUUUCUGAGAUAACAAAUGCAUGUUUUGAGCCAGCCAAUCAAAUGGUUAAAUGUGAUCCACGCCAUGGCAAAUAUAUGGCCUGUUGCAUGUUAUACCGUGGAGAUGUUGUUCCAAAAGAUGUGAACGCAGCUAUUGCAACAAUCAAGACUAAACGCAGUAUUCAAUUUGUGGACUGGUGUCCAACCGGUUUUAAAGUUGGUAUCAAUUACCAACCCCCCACUGUGGUUCCAGGUGGUGAUUUGGCAAAAGUACAACGAGCUGUAUGUAUGUUAUCUAACACUACAGCUAUCGCAGAAGCUUGGGCUCGUUUGGAUCAUAAAUUUGACCUGAUGUAUGCUAAACGAGCUUUCGUUCAUUGGUAUGUUGGGGAAGGAAUGGAAGAAGGAGAAUUCUCUGAGGCGCGUGAAGAUUUAGCUGCACUUGAAAAAGAUUACGAAGAAGUUGGAAUGGAUUCUGAAGGUGCAGAAGGCGAAGGUGCCGAAGAAUAUUAAGUUUUUUUUUUUUUGAAUAUAUUGUUUUUGUUUGUACCGUAUUAUUCAUAAAAAAAUGUACAAAUUGAGAAAAAAAUGUUUUUAUAGUUCUUUGUUUUUUUAUAUAGCUGGGCUAUAAUUUAAUUUACAAUUGCAUCAAUAAAUUUUUGAAAGACUGAUUAUUUUAGAAAUAAAUUUUGUAAUUUUUUUUUUUUUUUUUUGUAAUCUGUUAUAUGCACCUUGUGAAAAAGAGACCAGAAUUUUUGAAGUGCAUGAAAAAAAUAAAUUUUUUGAAAAUAUAGAACAAA